GGGUGAGCCCUCCUAUCAUCCAUUAUAUAUGCGCCUAUGAACCCACUGAUAAUUAUAAUUAUAACAAGUUUAUAAUAACUAUUAUUAUUACCUAUGUAAUAUGCUAAUUAUAUAUUAUAACGUCAGAUAUUGGCGAUGAAAAUAUGUAUAAUCCUAUGGUGGAUAGUAUUAAAUCCGAAUAAUUAUUGUUGUCAUUGUGACGGGAUGCAAAGGACAGAUGGAAUCGGAAAUGUUAGGUAUGGCAGCAGUGGUAAAACAGAUGCAAUUACGCUUAUCCGAACAGCGUGACCGAUUAAAGGCGUGUGGUCUGGAGCUCGAUAAAAAAGAACAGACAAUCCGUGACGUCAACCGAAUUGUAAAAAACAUUCAAGUUGAUAUCCACUCCGCCAGUGAACAUUAUCAAAAUUCGGCAAAGCUAAAAGACGCAGUUAAAGAUUUGUUUAUUAAAUAUGGAAAUACAAAAACAUUUGAAGUAUCUAAAGGUGAAGAGUUUGACGCCAGAAUGGAGUUUACAAGACAGCGGCAAUUUUUAGAACAGUCCAUUAUCAGCUUAAAAAAACGAGUAAAUGCGUGUGAAAAAAAAAACAAUUCCUAUAACAAACUUAUGGAGGAAAAUAUAAUUCUCAUUGAUACAAUCAAUAAGUUAAGACAAGAACUCAUUGCAAACUCUAAGAAAUAUGACAACUUAAAAUCAAUUUUUAAAAUUAAAGAAAGUAAAAACCCAAUUAUUAAACAUUAAAAAGUUAAAAAUAACAAUCUUCAAAAACAGAAAGCUGUGACAAAUUUAGAUGCAGUUGUAUAAUAGCAUAAGGAACAUAACUUAUCGAGAAUUAAAACAAAUUUCGAAUAUUUUAUUUUAUUGUAAUGCCGUUGUUAAUAGUAGUUAAUAUAGAAUGACUAUUUGAUUUUAGUCUUUAAAAAUAAUAGAACACAAUAGAAUAUAUUUUACUGACUGAACAAAAAUCUGUAAGGAGUAUAACAUAUAUUAUAUCUUGUUUUUUUAUUUUAUAUUAUCAUAUAAUCAUAAGUAUAUAAAUAUGAAGUUAAGUAAAUUUUAAAACAAAUUUAAUAUAAUGCUAUAUUCUGCCAACUUUAUAUUACCUAUGCAAUUUUAUACUUUACUUUAGUGACUAGUUUAAAUAAAAUAAAUA